UGAUAGGUGAGUAGUACACAAGGGUAACGAAACCAACUUUGUCAUUAGCUUGGAAAAAUGUAUCCUUUCAUGGAGGCUAAAAUUUGAAUUAUAAAUAGCCAAACUUGGGGAAGUGGUUUCUGAAGAAUGAUUAUUUUGUUGGCACAGUAAUUCGAGCAGAGCAUGGAGGAUGGGCAGAUCGCUAUGAAGAAGAAAAAAAUACAAUUUACUCACUCAGAAAGUUAUGUGAAAGAAGAAAAAGAUGAAAAACAAUGUAACGGUAAUUGGAUUGGAGGUGAAAUUAUAGUGGGUGCCUGUGACCUCAUUUUGGGUAUUGAAGAUGAGCUUGUGCGAGAGCUAAGUUCUCUCAGUUUUGGACUUCCUGUUGCUUAUGUGUAUAAUCCACUCGUAUAUGCUUGGGAAUUGCACAAGCAAUAUGUGAGGAACUAUGGAGGGAGAAGGGUGGAGGUGCUUUUAGUUGGGAUGAACCCAGGUCCUUUUGGAAUGGCCCAGACUGGGGUUCCUUUUGGAGACAACAUCAUUGUUCGUGAUUUCUUGAAGAUAAAUGGCAAGGUAGACUCUCCUAGUGUUACUCAUCCAAAGAGGCAAAUUUAUGGUUUGGAUUGCCCUAGAAGAGAGAUCAGUGGACAAAGGUUGUGGGGAUGGGCUGAAAAGCAGUUUCAUUCUGCAGAAAAAUUUCUCAAUCGCUUUUGGAUUCACAACUAUUGCCCUCUUCUAUUUAUGGAAGCAUCUAGCAAAAACCGCACACCUGACAAACUUCCUGCUAAUGAACGGGAAUCACUGGAAACUUGCUGCAACAAGGCACUCAUUGCAACAAUUAAUCUGAUACAACCCCGUUUGGUUGUUGGAGUUGGUAAAUAUGCCACAAAAAGGAUUCGAGCAAGUGGAGCAAAAGACAUUGUAGUUGGGGAAGUAAUGCAUCCUAGCCCGGCCAACCCAAAAGCUAAUAAAGAGUGGAGAAAUAUAUUUGAAACACAAUUAAAAGCCCUUGGUAUAGUUGUAUGACAGUAACACAUUGUUGUACAUAGACUCUAGCAAUAUUUAUGUACACUUACAUCCUAAGUCAAUUAUCUUUGAAACACUAUGGUGGGUAGUAUGGAUUUAAGAAAAAUUUGCAUGAAAUUGGAGUUUUGAUUCCAUAUUUUUCAUUGCUGAGGCUAUAUUUGUUAAACCUUUUAUUGCAGGAGUGAGUGAUCAGACUAGAAACUUAGAAAAUCAGGAACUUGGAUAUUGUCUCAUAGCAUCAUUUUCACUUUCGUUGUAAUUAUUCUUUCUAGAAACUAAACCUUGUCUGUCAAUGCCGACAACUUUUUACAAGAUUGGUAUAAAUCAUGAUGGUUAUUUUUGGAAAUGAUGUUUAGUGUAGUCCUUUCAAUAUUUUAUUAUAAUUCCCAAAAGAUGUACCUUUCAUUUUAACUUGA